AUGGCAGCUCCUACACCAACCUUCACCAAGCCCAACCGCCCAUUAACCUGGCUGAUAACCGGCUGCUCCUCCGGCCUAGGCUUAUCCUUAGCACGUGCCGCGCAAUCCAACCACCAUAUCGUAAUCGCAACAUCUCGCCAACCCUCCCGAACCCCCGAGCUGGUAACGGAGAUAACGCAAAACGGCGGCGAAUGGCAUCCUCUGGAUGUGAACAGUCUCACUGCUGCUUCUGAGCUACUAUUGAAGCUCAAGACCGCCGGCCAUAAGAUCGAUAUCCUGGUCAACAACGCAGGGUACGCUAUUCUUGGUGCCGUGGAGCAGAUCUCGGACGAAGAGCUGCGCAGGCAGAUGGAGACGGUGUAUUUUGGCCCGAGUCGGCUGAUCCGUGCUUUUGUACCGGGCAUGCGGGAGAGGCGGUUUGGAGUUGUAGUCAAUAUUAGCUCUGGGGCUGGACUGGAGGGGAGGGAGGGUAUGGGUGCCUAUGCUGCGGCGAAGACUGCUAUGGAUGGCUUAUCCAGAGUUCUCGCGAAAGAAGUCGCCCCCUUCAACGUCCGGCUCCUGACAGUGUGGCUAGGCGUGUUCAACACGUCAUUCGGGACUGGCUGCCUCACACCCGAAAGCGCUUUGCCCGAGGAUUAUAGUGGCUCUGUUGUUUCCCAGACAUUGGAGAGCAUCCAUACAGGAAAACUUGUUCUGGAUGGCGACAAGGAUAAAGCAGCCAAGGCGAUCUAUGAGGUUGUCGUUGGCGAGGGGGUUGGCACUGGACGUGAGGGUGAGCGAUUUUUGCCUUUGGGUCGAGAUAUGAUCCCUCGCGUUGAGCUGGUCCGCAACCAGCUUGUUCAUUCGCUUGAAGUUUUUAGAGAUCUCGCUGGUAACGUAUAUAUUGAUCGGGAACAAUGA